AUGUCUUUCCCUGUUCUACCACUCAUAUCUUCCCCUACUGAAGAUGCAACAAUUGCCGAGUUCUCAUUGGUUGGCCAAGUUUUAUUCCCAUGGACGUCUGUCACUGUUUCCAAACACUGGUUACAACAAUUUCCACCUGAUUUAGAAGUCUACGUUGACGCAACCACUGAUUCUGAAAUCACGGUCGAUCAAGUCGUAGCACUUUUAAACACUGGUGUCAAGCAAGUAUUUAUCCCGGCCGCAAGAUACCACGAAAUUGUCGCAGAAUCCAGUUUGCCAACUGAAAGAUUUGCUGUUCAAUUCGAUAAAGAUGACGUUUCCCAAGAUCUCUUGAAAUCAAAACUGUCCUUCAUAUUCAAGUCAAAAGUAGCCAACUUUAAAUCAUACAAUGAUGACGAAAAUAGACAAAUUUAUAUCCGAGAUGACUCCUUGUCUCAAGAAUCAGCCAACGAGCUAGCCCAAUCGGGUUAUACUCCCGUGGUUUCUGCAACCAAAUUAACCACCAAGAAACAAGAAGCUGGCAGGAUUUCUGUCUCCUCAAUUUUCAUUAGUACCUUAACCACUGACCGUCCUGAUGGUCUCUACACAACUUUGAUCACAACUCCAGCUCCAUCAUACACUGCCUUGGGUAUCGUAUACUCUUCCAAAGAAUCCAUUGCUGCUGCAAUUGAGGAAAAAGUCGGUGUCUACCAAUCAAGAAAGAGGACCGAUGAAUUAUGGUACAAGGGUAAGACCAGUGGUGCCACUCAAUCCUUGGUUUCUAUUUCCAAAGACUGUGAUUCUGAUGUUGUUAAGUUUAUCGUAGUUCCUAAAGAGGGCUACGGCUUCUGUCACCGCCAAGACAACUUCACAUGUUUCGGUGAUGGUCAAUUAGCCGGCACUGAAACAAGUUUCGGCAAGGGAUUGGCUAAGUUAGACACCACUUUAGCUGCCAGAUUACAAAAUGCUCCCGAAGGUUCAUACACCCAACGUUUGUUCAAAGACGAAAAACUUCUUAUUGCUAAACUAAAGGAAGAACUCGAUGAAUUGAUUGAAGCCAAGGGUAAAGAAGAAGUUGCAUGGGAAUGUGCUGAUUUGUUGUAUUUCGCCAUGGUUUGGUGCAUCAAGAACGGCGUCAGAUUAUCUGAUGUUGAACGUAACUUGGAUAUUAAAUCCUUGAAAGUCACUAGACGUAAAGGUGACGCUAAGCCAGCAUAUGUUAACAAUGAACAAAAACAAGCACAACCAGAAGCACUUGACUUUUCAUUGGAAACUAUCAAGGUUGACGACAUCAAUGCCGACAGUGAAGACCUUAAUAGAGCCAUGACAAGACCAGUACAAAAGACUGCCGAUAUCAUGAAAUUAGUCCUUCCAAUCAUAGAAAACGUCAAGAAGAACGGAGAUAAGGCUCUUAUUGAACUUACUGCCAAAUUUGACGGUGUUGAAUUAUCUAAUCCAGUAUUGAAUGCCCCAUUCCCAUCUGAAUUAAUGCAAAUCUCUCAAGAAAUGAAGGAUGCAAUUGACUUAUCUAUCAGCAACAUAGAAAAGUUCCACGCUGCUCAAUUACCAAAGGAAAAGGUCAUGACUGUUGAAACUGCCCCUGGAGUCUUUUGUUCCCGAUUCGCCAAGCCUAUCGAAAAUGUCGGUUUAUAUGUUCCUGGAGGAACUGCCGUCUUACCAUCCACCGCCAUGAUGUUGGGUGUCCCAGCUAAAGUUGCCGGUUGUAAGAACAUCAUUAUUGCCUCGCCACCUGCUCGUGCUACCGGUAAAUUAACUCCCGAAGUGGUUUAUGUGGCUCACAAAUUAGGUGCCAAAUGUAUUGUUAUGGCUGGUGGUGCUCAAGCUGUCACUGCCAUGGCAUACGGUACCGAAUCUGUACUUAAAUGUGACAAGAUCUUGGGACCAGGUAAUCAAUUCGUUACUGCCGCCAAGAUGUAUGUUCAAAACGAUACUCAAGCUUUAUGUUCGAUUGAUAUGCCCGCUGGUCCAUCUGAAGUAUUGGUCAUUGCUGAUGAAUAUGCCGAUGCUGAUUUCGUUGCUAGUGAUUUGUUAUCACAAGCAGAACACGGUAUUGAUUCGCAAGUUAUCCUCAUUGGUAUCGAUUUAUCUGACUCCAAAUUGAAAGAAUACCAAGAUGCAGUUGCACGUCAAGCCUCAGUAUUGCCACGUAAGGAAAUCGUCGCCAAGUGUUUGUCCCACUCUUAUAUUCUCUUGGUUAAGACUUAUGAAGAAGCCUUUGAAUUAUCUAAUAAGUACGCUCCUGAACAUUUGAUUCUUCAAAUUGAAAAUGCCAAAUCGUAUGUUCCAGAAUACGUCGAUAAUGCUGGUUCAGUGUUUAUUGGUGCUUUAUCUCCAGAAAGUUGUGGUGAUUAUUCAAGUGGUACUAACCACACUUUACCUACUUAUGGAUAUGCUAGACAAUAUUCCGGGGUUAACACUGCUACUUACCAAAAGUUCAUUACUGCUCAAGAUGUCACCAAGGAAGGGUUGGAAAGUAUCGGUAAGGCGGUAAUGACUUUGGCUGCAGUUGAAGGAUUAGAAGCUCACAGAAGAGCUGUUGAAGUUAGAAUGGAGAAGUUGGGAUUGAUUUAA